CAUUAGCUAUGAGAACUAGAUUAAUUUUUCAACAAAUAAUUUUGGUGACGAUUCUAUUACGUUUAUUGUGGAUAUCCGUUCUAUAUGAACCUGCAGUCUCUCCAGAAAAUAGGAUUUUAUUUCAGAGAUUGGAAGUUGACAAAUGUGUGAGCAAAUGCCUUCAAUAUUUAGUAGAUUCAAUACCAUCUACAAAAACGUUGUGUGGUUUCCAUUCUGAAUCUAGAGGAGAAAAGCAGAAAAUAAUUUCCUUCUCUUUCUUUGGAGACUUGAAGUCUGUAUAUUAUAAUGGCAUUGAGAACAAUCUAAACUAUUUAGAUGAACAUUAUCCUGGUUGGAUUAUGAGACUUUACCUGGAUCCAACUAAUCUUAAUCUUAAUGCUUCACAUGAUCUUUGUACCCUGUCUUGUAAAAGCAACAGGAUGGAUUUAUGUUCUGUACUGAGUGUUCCUCCCUAUGGGGAUAUAUCCAGAAAGUUUGGAAUGAUCUGGCGGUUUUUACCCUUGGCAGAUCCAUUUGUGGAUUUUAUGGUUUCAAGAGAUUUGGACUCUAGGUUUUCUGCAAGGGAGACAGCUGCUGUUAAUGAUUGGCUAAGUUUAGGCCUGCCAUUCCACAUUAUGAGAGAUCAUCCGUUGCAUCCUAUAUCAAUCCUUGGUGGAAUGUGGGGAGCAAGGAUGGAUUUAGAAAACCGUCAAAGAUACAGGACUCUUUUUGAGACUUUGUUAGAAAAGACCUCAGACAGUUGGCAAAAAGGAUAUGACCAAGAUCUACUUCACGAGUUAGUGUGGCCUAAUGUACAAAAUGAAGCUUGCAUACAUGAUUCGUAUCACUGUGAUCUCUUUCCAGUCCCACAUAAUAGACCUUGGCCAACACAGAGGAAAAAUGAAACUGCCAACUUUGUUGGUGCCAUUGGUGAUAUGCAACUGCAACCCUCAGAUGCUUGUCCUGAGCUCUGCCGGCCUACAGAUCAUUUAGACUGGACAACUUGCUGAUAUUAAUUUAAUGUCAUUUGAAAUUUAGAUUGAACUAAAUUUUUUUUUCAUUUUCUUUUAAA